AAUAUUUAGAUUUUAAUAUAAUAAAAAAUAAUUAUUUUAAUUAUCAAUUAUAAUUAAUUGUUGUUUUAAUUAUCAAGAACAAUGAAACCUACAAGAAGAACAAAACCUAUGGAAACAACGCAAGUUACAAAAACAAUGAAAUCUACGAGAAGAAUGAAAUCUACAAAUCAUAGAUAUCGUAAUCGAGUACCAAUUGAUCCAGAAAAAUUAGCAAAAUAUAAUAAAGGUGAUGGAAUUGAUUUAAAAUCAGGAUCAUCUAAAAUCAGAAAUAAAGUAAUAAAACAAAAGUUAAAAAAAAAGGAGAAAAAUUUUGAAAUAACAGUAAAAGAUACUGCUCGUACUGAAUUACUUUUGACAGAAGAUUAUGGUUGUUUGGAAGCUGAUGCUGGACAAAUAACAGUACAAUAUAAUCAAAAACAAAUUGCAGAUAAUGCAGAUAUAACAAGUGCAGCUAAACAUUUUACAUUAAAUUUAGAUUUUGGACCAUAUUAUAUAAAAUAUACUAGAAAUGGUAGACAUUUAGUAUUAGGUGGAAAAAAAGGCCAUGUAGCUGCUUUAGAUUGGAUCACAAAAAAAUUAGCUUGUGAAAUAAAUGUAAUGGAAUCAGUACAUGAUGUAUCAUGGCUUCAUAUAGAAACAAUGUUUGCAGUAGCACAAAAAGAAUGGGUAUUUAUUUAUGACAAUCAAGGAAUUGAACUUCACUGUUUAAAAUUAAUGAGUAAAGUUAAUAAGUUAGAAUUUUUACCUUAUCAUUUUUUACUUGCCAGUGGAUCUAGAGAUGGUUACUUGGCAUGGUUAGAUAUUUCCAUUGGAAAAUUUAUAAACUCCUUUAAUUCCAGAUUAGGAAAAAUAGCAGUAAUGACACAAAAUCCUAGUAAUGCACUACUUUGUGUGGGUGACUCAAAAGGUGUAGUUUCAAUGUGGUCUCCAAAUAGUAAAGAUCCUUUGGUAAAAAUGUUAUGUCAUAAUCAAGCAGUAGCUGCUUGUGUAGUUCAUCCUUAUGGAACUUAUAUGGCAACCAGUUGUCAAGAUAAAUUUGUAAAAAUAUGGGAUAUUAGACAACUAGCAGGUCCAGUGCAUAAUUAUCGUGUACGAGCUCCAGUUCAGCAUUUAUCAUACAGUCAAUGUGGUCAAUUAGCAUUAGCUAUGGGAAAUGUUGUAGAAGUUUAUCGAUCAUUGGCCAAUGAAAUAAAACCUUACUUACGUCAUAGAGCUGAAUGGACUGUGACAAGUAUGCAAUUUUGUCCAUAUGAAGAUAUUUUAGGUAUUGGUACAUUGAGAGGAGUCUCUUCUCUUUUAGUACCAGGAAGUGGAGAAGCUAACUUCGAUGCUCUUGAAAGUAAUCCAUUCCAAACUAAAAUUCAGAGACGCGAAGCUGAAGUAAAAGCUCUAUUAGACAAGAUUCAACCAGAAUUAAUAUGUUUGGAUCCAAUUGCUAUUACAGAAGUAGAUGUACCUACCUUAAAAGAUAAAAUAGAAGCUAAAAAGAAUCUUUUGUAUCUUAAACCAAAGGAAAUAGAUUUCAAACCUCGUAGAACGAAAGCUAAAGGUAAAGGCGGAACAGCUAAAGUAAUUAAGACUAAAAAAAUUCUAAAAGAUUUAAAUCGAAGGGUAAAUAUUAAUAUACUUCGUCAAUCAAAUAUUCAAUCGGAUAUAAAAAAAGUAGAAAAACCUCAAAAAGAUUAUGGAAUAUUAAAUAGAUUUUUACCAAAAUCUAAUAAACAAACAAGAUAA